AUGAUGGUAUUGUGCGCUAUCCUGGUCCUGUGGCUGUCGGCGGUGGAGCUGGUCGGUGCCGUCGAGCAGGGUCCAGCGUCUACCUACGGACCUGCCGAUGCCGACGCCGGUUGGUACGACAUCCUGAUGACGACGACGACCACGGAGGACGGCGUGGCCGCCGCCACGCUCUCGGACUACCCGAGCGACCUCGAGCUGGCGCGGGCGGAAGUGGACGCGCGAGUCCACCGGGUGAGCCAGCGGUUCCGGGAGACGGUCGCCGAGAUGCGGCGCACCAGUGACGACCGGCUGGAUAUCGUUUUCCUCGUCGACGCGAGCGCCAGCGUCGGGCGGGUCAACUUUGGGGCCGAGCUGCGCUUCAUGCGCAAACUGUUGGCCGACUUCGACGUGAGCGUGAACCGGACGCGUGUCGCCCUGGUGACGUUCAGCUCCCGGCGCCAGGUCCUGCGCCACAUCGACCAAAUUUCGGUCCCGUCGGCCGCCCAAGACAAGUGUUCCCUGCUCCAGGAUCAGCUGCCCGCGGUCGGGUACAGUGGCGGGGGCACCUUCACGUACGGGGCGAUGAUCGAGGCCGAGCUAAUCUUUCGCGCCACCGCCACCGCCGCCGACGCCGCCGGUUCCAGGUCGCCGGUGAUCUUCCUCGUCACCGACGGCUACUCGAACGGACGCAGCCCGCUGCCGGUGGCGAAGCGGCUGAAGAAGGCCGGUGUCCGCAUUUUCGCGAUCGGCAUCGAGACGGGCAACGACGAGGAGCUGGCGCGAAUGGUGACAUCCCCGGCGCACCUCUACCUGGUGGCAACGUUCGAGCAGUUCGAGCGCUUGGCCCGCCAGGCUCUCCACCACGAUUACCGGUCCGGCGGUCCGCCGGUCCCGGUCGGAAACCGGAGUCUCUGCGAUCGGCUUUGCGACGACCACCCCGCUGGGACGGACGGAUGUUGCGAUGAGGGGGCCAGUUGCGGGUGCAGCACCAGCUCCGGCCACUACCGCUGCGCCUGCGGACCGGGUUACGCGGGGUCGGGCCUGCGCGGCGGCUGUCAUCCGUGUGCAAACGGGACAUUCUGGAACGGGACGGGCGGCGUGUGUGAGUCGUGCCCGUACCCGCGUCAAAUCACCCGACGACUCGGUGCGCUCUCGGUCCGGGAAUGCGUUUGUCCUGCCGGUUACCAGCAGGACGAGGAUGGGCGGUGUGUGGCGGUGACGUGUACCGAGCUUCAGCCACCUCCCCAUGGGUACUUCGUCAUGGAACCGAAACCGUGCGGCCGGGUGCUGAACGCGGCCUGCGGUGUCCGCUGCCGGCCCGGAUACGAGCUGACCGGCACCAGCAUCCGGUUGUGCCAGGAAAACGGCACGUGGUCCGGUGCGGAAGCGAAAUGCACAC